UACAAUAUUAUGAAGAAAAAUAGAGAUUAAAGUGCUUAGUCUUAUAAAUUAUUAAUUUUUCUUCAUGAAAUAACAGAAACGCAGGACAAAGAAUAGUGACACAAUGCGUGGAAAAGUGAUCGUUCUUGGACUAAUCCAAAUUUUGUGUCAGAUAUCUGGAGAAAAAUUGUCUGAUUAUUAUACUGCAGCUGUGGUAGAAUAUUCACCCAUUUUUAUUAAGGAUGACGUAAAAUUGACUUAUGAAAAAAACACAGAUGAAUAUAUCAAUUACAUAGAACGAGCAAGUAAACAGAAUGCCGACAUCAUUGUUUUUCCGGAAGCUGGAUUGACAUCGAUGAGCAUGCCUAUUUUUCACGAAUAUAAUGACUGGACAACAGUGAUUCCUUCUUCUCAGGACAACUAUAUACCUUGUACAGAAUCUAGAAUCAACGGCAUCAUCAAAGCAAUAAAAAGAUUGUCAUGCGCUGCGAGGGAUAAUCGUAUAUAUGUAGUGAUAAACGUUGGCGAGAAGCGAUUCGAUGAAAAGAAUAGCACAUGGCAUUAUCAUAACACCAAUAUUGUGUUCGAUCGAAUUGGAAAAAUUAUUGCCAGGUAUCGUAAAGUGCACCUUGCUUCGGAAGGAAAAUUCGAAAGUCCAGUGCCACCGGAUCUCGUUACUUUCGACACUGAUUUUGGAGUAAAAUUCGGUGUCAUUAUAUGUUUCGAUAUGCUAUUUGAGGAACCUGCCUUAAAUUUGACGAGAAUAGAAGGUGUUUCAAAUAUUGUGUAUCCUACUGCCUGGUUCUCGGAAGUGCCAUUUAUAACCGCUAUUCAAUAUCAUUCUGGAUGGGCUUAUAGCGAGAAUGUAAAUGUACUAUCGGCUGGAUACAAUAAACCCGAAUUCGGAAGCAUAGGAAGCGGUAUUUAUUUAGGUCGCAACGGAAUAAUCAACGUAACCAUGUCUGUAAAUCCGAAGGAGCGGCUUUUAAUCUCUCGAGUGCCAAAAACGCCUAGAAAAAUCGAAACACGAGACAGAGGAUACAUUACAAAUCAAUUUUACUCGAAAAGAAAUCUGCGUACAUCGAACAUCGAUUUGAUAAAGUUAAAGCACGAUCAUGUUACAUGGUUUAAUUCUGUUCUGGUUAAUGAUUCUAUGAAUGAAACUAUCUGUUACGGUAACUUCUGUUGCGACUUUCUGAUUCGUACAGACACUAUCGAUCCGUCCACUUAUUAUCACGCAGUUGUGUACGAUGGUAUUCAUGUAUUCGAGAAGAUAUUGGACGCUGGUGUUCGUCUAUGCGCCGUGAUCCAAUGCUCUAAUGAGUCGCUCCAUUCUUGCACUUCCGUCGACUCGUCCGACACUACGUUUUCGACUUUGAGGAUAACGGCGAGAUUCGACGAUUAUCCGAAGAUUUUGGUGACACCGACCGUGAUCGAUUCCUCCCUUAUUCCCUUCCAGCAUUGGUCAUACGAUGAACAGAUACAUGGAGAAGAAACAAUUGUCACAAUUGCUUUGGAAGAAGAGAUGAAAAAUGUGAUUAACUUCGGCAUAUAUUCCAGGAACUUCCAAAGAGAUAAAUAUUAUGAGUAAUUUUAGGAAUCGAUAGAACUCCAUAAAAUUAUCGACUUUUUUUAGGAUUAUUUUCUUCUUUUUUAUUAUUUUUUUUCUUUUUCUUUUUGUAUUACAACACAUAUUUAGAUAAAUUAUUAUCAAAUUAUUUUCUAAAAAUUUUUGAAAUCUAAAAUAAUUAUCUUCUCUCGAUAUUCUGAAUUUAUACUUUUACACGCAUCACAAUUUCUAAAUACGUAAAUAAUAUUAAAAACUAAUUAAUUUUCUAAAAAAUUCUGCAUUUCAAAAUUGAAACAUUAGAUAAUUUUUUCAUAUAAAUUUUAGUGUAAAAUUUUGAAUUAAUUAUGAUUAUUACAAACAUUUGAUCACAAGUUAUAAUCGAAUAGUAAACAAUUGUCAACAAACAAUCCGAAGAAAUGCGGAUUUGAUUGAUUAAUUUUGAUGGAGACUCAAUAUAUUCAUAACAAUAGGUAAAUAUAUUAAUCGAAAAUGUACAUUAUGUACAAUUAUCUACAAUAUAUAUACAAUAAUAUACAUUAAUUACAAU